AUGCACUCGACUCAGCCAUGGCUCCUUGGUGGUUACCACUCGUUCUUUAGAAUUCCCCUAUUUGCAUUUUUAUAUGUACUGGCACUCCUUCUUUUGUGCGCUAGUAUCUCGGCAGUCCCUUUCGAUCCAGCCAGUGAUGGUAUCUCGCAGCAGAUUGUCAUAAUCAAUGGCGACCAGCAGGCCCCCUUAGCUGGUACGGAUCCGAUGGCCGGUAUCGAUUACUCGGAUAACGAACAAGAACCAUUCCCUAAACAACCCAUUCCAACUAGUAGGACACUCAAGAUAAUGCUUGACACUCUUGAUGUGAUGCAGUCGGACUACUUCAGCCUUUGGCAGGCAACCUGGCCAAGCGGUAUUGACUGGACCAAAGCAGUUGUUAAUACGCACAUUUCAUCUGUGCUAUCUCUAUUGUCCUCCACAAUCGACACAGCUAGGGCUGAUGAUAUUCUUAAGCCUCGUUGCGAUGAUGAUACAUUAUCCACAGAGAACCUCAUCAGUUAUUACUUUCAGCAAACUUCUGCCUUUUGGCAUGGGGAGAACUUUUUUGGAAUACGGCUGCAGGCGUAUGACGACAUGUUAUGGGUUGUUUUGGAAUGGCUGGAAAGCAUUAAAUUCCAAAAUCUGCAUUCUGAGUUACACUUUGGCCGCCAUCUCGACAGCAAGUUAAACCCUUACCAUUCGUGGCAUGGAACACAGUAUGGAGCUCCUGCGGCACACCGAGCGCGGGUAUUCUAUGAUUUGGCCGUGCAGGGAUGGAAUACAUCACUCUGCGGUGGUGGUAUGAUUUGGAGCCCUUGGCUUACCCCAUACAAAAAUGCUAUCACAAACGAACUGUUCAUAUCAGCCAGUAUCGCCAUGUACCUCUACUUUCCGGGUGAUACUAUAGACUCGCCAAUUGUGGAAAGCCAACUCCGAAAUGGGUUUAUCAGUCCGCCCCACGAUUCAGUCCAUCUUGAUGCAGCUAUAACAGCCUAUAAGUGGCUGAAAGGCUCAAAUAUGACUGGAGCUGACGGCCUGUACGCUGAUGGAUUCCACAUUUAUGGAUGGACGCCGAAAGACCCCGGAACCAGAAAGUGUGAUGUUCUGAACACAAUGGUCUAUACCUAUAACCAAGGGGUUAUUCUGAGCGGGCUCAGGGGUCUUUGGCUAGCAACUGGACAGAAGUUCUAUCUUGAAGACGGCCAUGACCUCGUCAAAAAUGUGAUAAAAGCCACCGGCUGGCCAGUGACGUCGAAUCACACUUGGCAUGGACUGGGGAGGGCAGGAGUCUUAGAAGAGGCAUGUGACAGUAGUGGAAUGUGUUCACAGGAUGGCCAAACUUUCAAAGGCAUAUUUUUUCAUCACUUUGCAGAAUUUUGUCGACAACUUAGCCCCCAGGAGAAGAGGAUGCUCUCUGAUCCAGCUCUAUAUAAGUCUACAAAUAGCGAUAACACGAGCGAAGAAUAUCGAAGAGAGUCUUUUAGUUGGCACCAGAGAACUUGUGCCUCAUAUAUACACUGGUUGGAACACAAUGCUCACGCUGCGUCUGUCACAAAAAAUGAGAAAGGCCAUUAUGGAAUGUGGUGGGGUCCCAAAUAUGCCGAUGGCGAGCUGAACUCGAAUGAUACUGUUGUGUUGCCGCAUGGUGCCGUGGAUUACAGCAACUCAGAUCCUCCAAUUAAUCGUGCCAGCCCUGACCUUGCCUUCCUACAGGCUAAAGGAAACCGAACCAAUUUUGCCAAGGAAGUUCCCGGCGAUAUUGUUGAGGGUCAGCUGCUGCCUGUCACCGAUGAAUACCAAGACUCUACAGCUUCCAAGUUCGAAGAAGGCAAUGCUGGUCCUGAGGCUGGGGCUUUUAAAGUAUUGAAGGAUAUUUUUAUGAUUGAAAUACCUGAUUUACUACGCAAGUUUGUGAAACGACGCCUUGAUAAUUAG